AUGUUAUCAAUAAUUAUUUUUUGGUACUAUAAUGAUUAUGACAAAGACAAGUUUCUGUUCCAGCACGAAAUAAAUGAUUAUAUUGAAAACUUUUCACUAAAAUCACAAAAAUUUGGAAUUCAAGGUAUUCAAUUUAAGAAUAAUAGUGGCCAUUAUUCCAACGAAUCUACACUAGUAAUUCCAGGUGUCAUUGAGCAUGAUAAAGAAUAUGAAAUUUCUCGAAUAUCAAGUUAUUCAUUUUAUAAAAAAGAGUUUUACAGCCUAAUAUUACCAUCCACAAUUAAAUAUUUAGAAAAUUGUUCUUUUGGAUAUUUAUCUCUUCACACUUUGCUUGACUUGAGUAAAACAUCAAUUGAAUACAUCUCAACUUAUUGCUUCUAUGGCUCAAACAUUCCAGAAAUUAAGUUUCCUGAAAAUAUAAAAAUUCACGAAUGGGCAUUUGUCAAUAUUUCAAUUAUUAAUUUAGAUUUUAUAUAUCCUAGCGCUUUUGAAAAUUGUCUAUUUCUAGAGAGUUUUAUAGUUCAAAAUUGGAACUUAAGAAAAAUACCAGAUUCAUGCUUUAAGAAUUGCCCUGCGUUAAAAUUAAUCACAAUUUCAAAAGAGACCUAUAAACUCAAAACAUUAAUUGUAUCAAAUUAUCUUAAAACUAUAGGUAAUAGAGCCUUCUAUAAUGCUAGCAUCGAGCAUUUAGACUUGAGCAAAUGUUCAAUGCUUUAUAUCACAACAGAAGCAUUUUCAAAUUCCAAACUCAAAUCAAUUAUAUUUCCAGAUGGUGAGGUUUCAAUUUACGAAGGAGCUUUUUCAAAAACUGAGAUUUCUAAUGUUUAUAUCCCUAAUUUAAAGCACAUUCAAAAUUCUGCAUUUGAAGAAUGCAUUAAUUUAACUUCAGUUUAUAUUAAGAAUUCAACAGCCGAAGAUUUACCUCACAGACUAUUUUUUGGUUGCGGAAAAUUAACUACAAUAUCAUUUCCAUCUUCAAUCAUCAGAAUUGGAAAUCAUAGUUUCUCAUGGACAAAUAUUUCAAGCUUUCCUAAUCUUUCAUUACAUUCAAUUGGAUCAUAUGCAUUUUUAGGCUCUCCCCUUGAGGAAUUUAAUUUCGAAAUUCUUGAAGUAUCUAAUAUCAAAGAAUAUUCUUUUGCUAUGACAAAUUUGAAGAGCAUUGAACUUAAUAAGAGAGUUGUACUGAUAGAGAGAAAUGCUUUUGCAGGAAGUAUAUUAUUCAAAAUUAAUAUAUCAUUAACAAACAUCAAAAACCUAGAAAGCCACCAGUUUGAUUUUGUUCAUAAUUUACAGAUUAUCAUUUUACCAAAGAAAUUAGAAGUAAUUUCCGGAUUUUCUUUCAAAGAAACAAAAAUAGAAGAAUUAGUAAUACCACGCUCUUUAUCUUCACUAAAAGAUUAUGCAUUUUCAGGUGCAAAAAAUCUUAAAUAUAUUGAUCUUUCACUUCUAAUGAUUUUCACUAUUCCUAAUUAUUGUUUUGAGAACUGUUAUUCAUUAGAACAAGUUACUUUUCCAUACGUACUUGAAAACAUAGAAUCAUAUGCAUUUUGUCAUUGUUACAAUUUAACACUCUUUGAUUUGUCAAAUACCGUUGUAAGUCAUGAACCAAGCUCAAUAGAUCUUUCUUAUAUUAAAAAAUUAAUAUUACCAUCAUCAAUAUGCAAUUUGAGUAAUUCCUCUUUUGCCAAAAUGCCAAAUGUUGAGGAAAUUGAUCUUUCUCAUACAAAAUUUACUGAAUUACCCGAAAAUUUAUUUUAUAAAUGCCAUAAUCUUAGAAUUAUACAUUUACCAUACAAUGUUCAGACUAUUAGCAAUAGUUACUUUGAAUAUUCAAAAUUUUCUCAAAUCACAAUGCCAAAACAUCUGGUGACUGUGGAUUAUUAUGCAUUCUCUAACUCAAAAGUAGAAAAAUUAGAUUUUUCAAAAACUGAUUGCAAAAAAUUCGGAGCCAAAGCAUUCUUUAAUUGUAGCAUUCGUGAAAGUGUUAUGCCGAAAAGUUUAAUUGAAAUUGGAUCUUGUUGUUUCGAAGCUUCUGGAAUAACAGAGAUUAAAAUUCCAUCCAGAUUUGAACUAAUUGGAUAUGGAGCAUUUUACAACACAAAUUUAAUUAAAUUUGAAUGUGAAAGCAGAAAAUUAACAGAAAUAGAAUCAUAUCUAUUCUGUAAAUGUCCAAAGUUGAUAAGCAUCAAUUUAUGUACAAAUGCAUUAAAAUCUAUUGGACAACAUGCUUUUAGUAAUACACGGAUUCAUAGUUUAAUAUUAACCGAUACAACAGAAAUAUUGUCAGAAUAUAGUUUUGCGCAUUCAAAUAUAGGGAAAUUGUCAUUAUAUAAAUCAUCAAUAACAUCAAUUCCAUAUUGGUGUUUCUAUAACACAAGCAUUUUGGACUUUGAUUUACCAUCGAAUGUGAAAUCUAUUGGUGAUGAGGCAUUUUUCAUGUUUCAUACAACAUCUCUGGUAUUUCCGAAUUCUACUGAAAUAGGAAAAGAUAGUUUUAGCAAUGCAUCAAUUGAAAUAUUUGAAAGUGAUAAAGUAAGUAAACUUGAGGAAGGUGCAUUCAUGGGAUGUUAUGAACUAAAAGAAGUUAAUCUAGAAAAAUCACCAUUAUUAGAAAUUCCGAAGAAUUGUUUCAAAGAUUGUCCAAAAUUAGAGAUUGUUAUACUUCCAUCAUGUUUGACAAGAAAUGGAGAUUUUUCAUUUUGUAACACACUUAUUCAUAACAUCACAAUUCCGAAAACAUGUAUUUAUCUUGGUGUUUCAUGUUUCGAAAAUCUUUUAUCAUUAGAAUCUGUUAACUUUUCAUAUUCUAAUAUUCAUAUUAUCAACAAUUUUUGUUUCAAGAACUGCAAACAACUUCUAUUUUUAACAUGUCUUUUUGAAGUUGAUGAACUUGGUAUUGAAACAUUUUCAAACACAGGAAUCAAAAAUAUUGAACUUGAAAAUCUUUCAUCGAUUGGUUUUGGAUGUUUCAAAGAAUCAAAACUUUCAACAUUUUGUAUCAACAAAUCAACACUUAAACAUAUUCCAAAUGAAUGUUUUUCUUCAUGUGAAUUUUUAUCACACAUCAAACUACCAUCCACAAUUGAAUCUAUUGGUGAAUAUUCAUUUUGUAAUUCUAAACUAUUUGAAGUAGAAUUAUUGGAAAAUACUAACGAAAUUGGACAAUUUUCCUUUAGUAAUUGCAAAGAAUUAAAGAAAGUUGAUCUUUCUAAAACUAAAAUCAAAGUCAUUCAUAAAAAUUGUUUUGAGUUCUGUAGUAAUCUAAAUAGUAUUGAUUUCCCUUUUCAUAUAAUAGAAAUCAAAGAAUUUGCAUUUAAAAACACUGCAAUUUCUGAAAUAAUUUUGCCGGAAACAUUGAAAAAUUUAGGAAAUGAUGUAUUUUCUUAUUGUAAUAGAUUGAUAUUCGUUGAUAUUAAAUCGGAAUCAUUAACAAAAAUACCAUGUCGUGCUUUUGAAAGUUGUAUUCGUUUGAAUAUUGUUAAUCUUCCAAAAUAUAUUGUUGAAAUUGGAGAUUACGCGUUUAAUAAUUGUCCUUUGACUCUUUCUCAGUUACCUACUCAUAUUUCAACAAUUGGAUCGUAUGCAUUGGCUAAUACGAAAUUGAAAGAACUCUUCUUGGAAAAUACUUCUUUGAUUGUUAUAAAAGAAAGAGCUUUUUAUUGUUCUUCGAUUGAGUUGAUUACUUUGCCUGAUACUUUGUGUGAAGUUGCAAACAACGCGUUUGAAGGAGACAAAGUAACUAUUAUAUAUUACGGAAACAAAACAUUUGAUGGUAAUUUUACUGGUGUUUCCAAAGUCUUUCUUCCAAAGUCUAAUAACAUGAAAAUUAACUUUGGAAAUGUUGUUUCUAGAAAAGAAAAAUCUAAUAUGUAUGAGAUUUUUGUUAUUUUGGCAUUUCUACUUGUUUUGUUUGUUGUUUUUUAUAUUGCUAAGUUGUGCAAAUCUCAGAAUAAGCCAAAGGUUGAUGAUACUGAGAUAUUGAUAGCAAAAGAUGCUGAUUAA